AUGAAAGGUAAGAAGAUCUCUUUGAAAUUUUAGACUCCAUUUAGGAUAUGAAUGAAUUAAUGUUAAAAGGAAUCAUUGUUAGUAAAAUGAGUAUAAAGUUCAAAAAAAAUGUUUAUAAACACGCUCGAAGUGAAAGUGAAUGGAAUUUGCAUUUAGUGGAAUGA